AUGAACCAUCCAAUUAAUUUCUUCAUCUCUUUAUACAGUGUACCAUUUAGGGCUUGCUCAUAUUUGUAACCUAUUUGUAAUAUUAAGAAAAGGCUGAAGAUUGCCCAAAAACUGUAACGUGUAAUUUCCAUACUCAGACGGUUUAGAGCGAUCGAGCCUGGGCAAAGAAAACAGUUGCCUGACCUGUUCUGAUUCAGUAUAAGCAUAAACCUCUACAAGAUGGGAUUUUGGGAACGGUUUGCUUAUCUUACUCUGGGGGGUUUUGAAGGAUACUCACUACUCUGGCUCCAGUGGAGCUGCUGGGUGAAGUGAUGGCAUCAUUGUAUCUUAUGUCAUUGGCACUGAUGUGUGAAAGCGCAAACCGAGUGUAGUUUGAGCCAACAAUAAAGUAGCUUGUCGCUCCCAUAACUGAGAUUUUAAGGCAGCUGCAUCGGUGAACGUGUUAGAGAGACUCUCUGAAAUCGGCCAGAAGCAUCAGGUGAACGGUGUACCAUUUUCUGAGCAAGUAACUAACUCAGAAUAGGAUUUUCAGGGUAAUUGAAGCUCCUUUACCCAAGACUCAACAGAACAAACUAGCUUUAAUUCUGCAUUGUGACUGUUUCAUCUCAUACAGACAUACGUAGCUUUGAAGGGGAACGUUCCUAUACGCACUUUUACCAUGUCAGUGGGUGAAUUAUCUGUUGUGGGUUACUUGUCUUAUGUGAGUCUUUGGGUCCUAAUUUGACAGAUGCACACUGCAGGGAACUGGCAGGCAACAUAGAAGGGCAUGGCGUAAAGCUGUUUUGAUUAUUUGUACAGAUUCAGUUGGUAAUUUCUAAACAUGUGCACAGACCUAAGCCAAGUUUGACAGCAUAACAUUGACCACUCAGUUAGUAAAUUGACUGAUCAUUUAACUCAAAACAAUAUGGUUCCAAAUGGCUACGUAGGCUAUGCAGCUAUGCUCAACUGUGUGAAUACAAUUAUCCAGUAGCCUAUCAUAAAUCUGGGCCUUAGUGCGCCACAAAUUAAAUAAUAUGGUUUUGCAUUUUACAGCAUAGUACUCACUGAGUUUAGACCACUGAUCUACGCAAUGUUCUCCCAUUUCCUCUCCUAAAAUAUCCUAACAUCUCUCAGUAUAGUGACAUUUAAGACAGGCCUAAAGUGAGAAGGAGCGCAAUUUCUCUUUCUACAAAUGGAAUAAUUCUAUAAAAUAUUGAUAUAAUUUUCACUGUUAAUUAAAUGUUUUGUGGCUAACAUGUGAAAGAGGGAGAAAGAUCAAUUCUACCUGGCAGAAUUACUGUGCACGUUAAUCAACUUCAAGACGUAAAACAAUAUGCAUUCCCAUGUAUAGACCAAACCCGAAUGUUAACCGCUGGGCUGCAGAAAUGUGACAAACUCAAUGAAUAAACCAUGGUUGAUAGUCAUGAAAUGACGGUAACUCACAGCUUGUUGCCCUAUGAAAUGAGGGCACUUUGUCUUAACCCACUACAACACACUAUAGCUUUCAAAUGGUUUGCUGUUCCUUAGUGUCACAGAGAAGAGAUCUGAGUCACCUACACAGAGCUGUGUGUCCAUGAAGAGUGAUGCAUCAAAUGAGUUGAACCCACCCAACUUCAGAGAGGGAGAGCAACCCUCUGAGCAAAGAAAACCGCUGAAGAAGGAAACUCAAGGCAUGACAGAUCUGGCUCUCAAGUUGAAGAAUUUAUUCGAUAUCUUCUCUGAUCUUGAGGAAAAAGUAAUGGCAUUCAUGAAGCAUGAGUUGGAAAAGUUUAAGGAACUUCUGGGAAAAGAAACUACCAAAUGCUAUGACAGUCAAGAUGAUAACUACAGAGCCAGAGAGGGGGCUCUUGACAUCGCAUUGCACUUCCUAAAGAAGAUGGACCACAAUGACCUUGCAAAUACUCUGGAGAAAUGUCCAAUUGAGAUGUGUCAGCGGGAGCUUAAAUUAAAUCUGAAGAAGAGCUAUGAAUGUGUAUCUGAAGGAAUAGCAGUGCAAGGAGACCGUAAACUCCUUGAAAAGAUUUACACAGAGCUCUAUAUCACAGAGGGUGGAAUUGGUGCAGUCAAUAAAGAACAUGAAGUGAGACAAAUUGAGAAAGCAGCUGGAAGUUCAGAAACACAAGAGAAACCGAUUAAGUGCAACAAUAUCUUUCAAGCGUUACCUGGACAAGACAAGCCCAUUAGAACCGUGCUUACAAAGGGAGUCGCUGGCGUGGGAAAAUCCAUUUCUGUGCAGAAGUUCAUUCUGGACUGGGUGAAAGAAAAUGCAAAUCAAGACAUUGGGUUGAUUUUUCCACUUCCUUUCCGGGAGCUGAACUUGAUGACCAAGAAAGUCAGUUUUGUGGACAUUCUCCAUAAAUUUUUCCCAGAGACAAAGGGAUUGAUGUUUACCAAAAAUAAAAACUACAAAGUCCUGUUUGUGUUUGAUGGCCUGGAUGAAUAUCAACAUCCUCUUGCGUUCCACAAAAAUGAGAUCUGGUCUGACAUAACCGCACCAACCUCAGUGGAUGUACUUCUAACAAACCUCAUCAAGGGAAAUCUGCUUCCCUCUGCUCUCAUUUGGAUAACUACCAGGCCAGCAGCAGCCAGUCGCAUUCCUCCUGACUGUAUUGACCAGGUGGCCGAGAUACGCGGGUUUAAUGACGAACAGAAAGAGGAGUACUUCAGAAAGAGAAUCACAGACGUGGAUCUGGCUGACAGAGUCAUAGAACACAUCAGACACAAAGAAUCAAGGAGCCUCUACAUCAUGUGCCACAUCCCAGUCUUCUGUUGGAUCGCAGCCACUGUUCUUGAAAGAAUAUUGGAGAAAAAAGAGGAAACAGCGGUCAACAAGGCUACAGAAGCUAAAGAGGAAACAGAAGCUAAAGAAGUUACAGAAGCUACAGAGGCUAAAGAGAAAACAGAAGCUGCAGAGGCUACAGAGGUCAACAAGGCUACAGAAGCUAAAGAGGAAACAGAAGCUAAAGAAGUUACAGAGUCUAAAGAGGAAACAGAAGCCACAGAGCCUACAGAGGUCAAAGAGGCUACAGAGGUCGAGGAGGCUAAAGGGGCUACAGAGGAAACAGAGAAAACAAUCAGUACUGACAAACAGCAAACCUUGAAGACACUGACACAAAUGUACUCACACUUUCUGAUCUUUCAGACCAGACGAAAGACUGAGAAGUAUGGUGAGACAUAUGAUUUGGGCACAAAGUGGGAUGAAAAGAGCAUUAUGGCUCUGGGACAGCUUGCUUUUCAAAACUUGUUGGAAAACAAUCUGAUCUUCUGUGAAAGCGACCUGAAAGCGUGUGGCAUUACUGUGGAGGAUGCAUCUGUGUACUCAGGAAUGUGCACACAGAUCUUUAAAGAGGACUUAGGAGUGUUUCUUGACACUGCAUUCUGCUUUGUACAUCUGACCAUUCAGGAGUUUUUUGCAGCGUUAUAUGCACACAUGUGUAUCAACAAACACCAAAGAAAUGUUUUUGUCGACCAGAACACAUCACCGAAGAAAGAAAGUAACACAGUGAUUGGAUUGCUCAAGAAUGCAGUGGACAAGGCUUUGGGAAGUGACAGUGGACAAUUAGACCUUUUUCUCCGCUUUAUUCUCGGUUUCUCACUGGAGUCCAAUCAGAAGCUCUUACAAGGUUUACUGACACAGACAGGAGACAGCUCACAGAGCAAAGAGGAAAUAGUCAGAUACAUCAAGGAGAAGUUCAAAGAGAAUCCUUCUGCAGAGAGAUCCAUCAAUCUGUUCCACUGUCUAAAUGAGCUAAAUGACAAAUCUCUAGUGGAGGAGAUCCAAAACCACCUGAAGUCUGGAAGUCUCACUAGCACCCAGCUCUCCUCCGCCCAGUGGUCAGCUCUGGUCUUUGUGUUGCUGACAUCAGAAGAGCAGAUGGAAGAGUUUGACCUUAAAAAGUUCAUCAGGUCAGAUGAAUGUCUUAGGAGACUCCUGCCAGUGGUCAAAACAGCCACAAAAGCAUUGCUGGACAACUGCAAUCUAACACCGGCAUGCUGUUCAGCUCUUGCCACAGUCCUCAGCUCCAAUUCCUCCAGUCUGAGAGAGCUAGACCUGGACAACAAUAAGAUACAAGAUUUAGGAGUGCAGUUUCUUGCUACCCAACUGCACAAUCCACAAUGUAAACUGGAGAUCCUGAGACUUUCUGACUGUGGAAUAACAGGUGAAGGAUAUGCCAAUCUGGCUUCAGCUCUCAAAUCAAACCCCUCACACCUGAUGGAGCUGGACAUGAGAGGGAACGACCCUGGAGACUCUGGAGUGAAGCUGCUCUUGGACUUACAGAAGGAACCAGCCUGUAAACUAAAGAAAAUCAGGUUGUUGAGUGAUGCUGCAGAGAAAGCCUGUGCGUAUCUGACUUCAGUUCUAGGUACAAACCCCUUACUCCUGACAGAGCUGGAUCUGAAUGGGAAGAAACCAGGAGACUCAGGAGUGAAGCAGCUCUCUGCUAUACUGGAGGAUUCACACUGCAGACUGGGAAAAAUAACGCUUAAUGACAGUGGUAUAACAGAAGAAGGCUGUGCUACUCUGACUUCAGCUCUGUCAUCAAACCCCUCACACUUGACAGAGCUGAAUCUGGGUGGGAAUAAACUAGGAGACUCAGGAGUGAAGCACAUCUAUGUUCUACUGGAGAAUCCAGACUGUAAACUGCAGAAACUAGGGCUUAAUGACAGUGGUAUAACAGAAGAAGGCUGUGCUGUUCUGACUUCAGCUCUGUCAUCAAACCAUUCACACCUGAUAGAGCUGAAUCUGGGUGGGAAUAAACUAGGAGAUUCAGGAGUGAAGGACAUCUCUGUUUUACUGAAGAAUCCACACUGUAAACUGCAGAAACUGGGACUGUCAGACUGUAGUGUAACAGGACAUGAAUAUGCUGUUCUGGCCUCAGCUCUGAAAUCAAACACCUCACACCUGGUGGAGCUGGACCUGAGAGGAAACAACCCUGGAGACUCUGGAGUGAAGCUUCUCACUGAUGUUCUACUGGAUCCUGACUGUAAACUGAAGAGACUAAGGUUGUUGAAGAGUGAUGCUGCAGAGGAAGCCUGUAAAUAUCUGACUUCAGUUCUAAGAAUAAACCCCUUACUCUUGAAAGAACUGGACCUGAGUGGGAAAAGACUAGGAGACUCAGGAGUGAAGCAGAUCUCUGCCCUACUGGAGGAUUCACAGUGCACGUGGAGGAAACUUAGUCUGUCAGACAAUAGUGUAACAGGAGAUGGAUACGCUGUUCUGACUUCAGCUCUGAAAUCAAACCCCUCACACCUGGUUGAGUUGGACCUGAGAGGAAACAACCCUGGAGACUCUGGAGUGAAGCUCCUCACUGAUAUUCUACUGGAUCCUGACUGUAAACUGAAGACACUAAGGUUGUUGAAGAGUGAUACUGCAGAGAAAGCCUGCGCUUAUCUGACUUCAGUUCAAGAUACAAACCCCUUACUCCUGACAGACCUGGAUCUGGGUGGGAAGAAACUAGGAGACUCAGGAGUGAAGCAGCUCUGUGCUCUACUGGGGGAUUCACACUGCAAACUGAAGACACUUAAUCUGUCAGACUGUAGAAUAACAGGAGAUGGAUACGCUGUUCUGGCUUCAGCUCUGAAAUCAAACACCUCACACCUGGUGGAGCUGGACCUGAGAGGAAACAACCCUGGAGACUCUGGAGUGAAGCUCAUCACUGAUGUUCUACAGGAUCCUGACUGUAAACUGAAGAGACUAAGGUUGUUGAAGAGUGAUGCUGCAAAGGGAGCCUCUGCGUAUCUGACUUCAGUUCUAGAUAAAAACCCCUUACUCCUGAAAGAACUGGAUCUGAGUGGGAAAAGACUAGGAGACUCAGGAGUGAAGCAGAUCUCUGCCUUACUGGAGGACUCACAGUGCACGUGGAGGAAACUUAAUCUUUCAGACAAUAGGGUAACAGGAGUUGGAUACGCUGUUCUGACUUCAGCUCUGAAAUCAAACCCCUCACACCUGGUGGAGCUGGACCUGAGAGGGAAUGACCCUGGAGACUCUGGAGUGAAGCUCCUCACUGAUUUACAUAAUGUACUUAAUAAAACACAUUGUAAACUGAGGUUGUUGGAGAAUGAUGCUGCAGAGAAAGCCUGUGCUUAUCUGACUUCAGUUCUAGGUACAAACCCCUUACUCCUGACAGAGCUGGAUCUGAGUGGGAAGAAACCAGGAGACUCAAGAGUGAAGCAGUUAUGUGCUCUACUGGAGGAUUCACACUGCAAACUGAAGACACUUAAUCUGUCGGACUGUAAAAUAACAGGAGAUGGAUACGUUGUUCUGGCUUCAGCUCUGAAAUCAAGCACCUCACACCUGGUGGAGCUGGACCUGAGAGGAAACAACCCCGGAGACUCUGGAGUGAAGCUCCUCACUGAUGUUCUACAGGAUCCUGACUGUAAACUGAAGAGACUAAGGUUGUUGAAGAGUGAUGCUGCAGAGGAAGCCUCUGCGUAUCUGACUUCAGUUCUAGAUAAAAACCCCUUACUCCUGAAAGAACUGAAUCUGAGUGGGAAAAGACUAGGAGACUCAGGAGUGAAGCAGAUCUCUGCCCUACUGGAGGACUCACAGUGCACGUGGAGGAAACUUAAUCUUUCAGACAAUAGGGUAACAGGAGUUGGAUACGCUGCUCUGACUUCAGCUCUGAAAUCAAACCCCUCACACCUGGUGGAGCUGGACCUGAGAGGGAAUGACCCUGGAGACUCUGGAGUAAAGCUCCUCACUGAUUUACAUAAUGUACUUAAUAAAACACAUUGUAAACUGAGGUUGUUGGAGAAUGAUGCUGCAGAGAAAGCCUUUGCUUAUCUGACUUCAGUUCUAGGUACAAACCCCUUACUCCUGACAGAGCUGGAUCUGAGUGGGAAGAAACCAGGAGACUCAACAGUGAAGCAGUUAUGUGCUCUACUGGAGGAUUCACACUGCAAACUGAAGACACUUAAGCUUAAGGAUAGCAACAUAACAGAAGAAAGCUGUGCUGCUCUGACUUCAGCUCUGACAUCAAACCCCUCACACCUAAUAGAGCUGAAUCUGAGUGGGAAUAAACUAGGACGCUCAGGAGUUAUACAGAUUUCAUCCCUACUGACUAAUCUACGCUGUAAACUGGAGAAACUAGAACUGUCAGACUGUAGUGUAACAGGAGAUGGAUAUGCUGCUCUGGCUUUAGCUCUGAAAUCAAACCCCUCACAACUGGUGGAGCUGGACCUGAGAGGGAACGACCCCGGAGACUCUGGAGUGAAGCUGCUCACUGAUUUACAUAAUUUACUUGAUGAUCAAAAAUGUAAACUUCAGUCGUUGAGGUUGUUGAAGUGUGAUGCUGCAGAUGAAGCCUGUGCUUAUCUGACUUCAGUUCUGGGUAAAAACCCCUUACUCCUGACAGAGCUGGAUCUGAGUGGGAAGAAACCAGGAGACUCAGGAGUGAAGCAGUUCUGUGCUCUACUGGGGGAUUCACACUGCAAACUGAAGAAACUUAAGCUUAAUGACAGCAGUAUAACAGCAGAAGGCUGUGCUGAUCUGACUUUAGCUCUCAGAUCAAACCCCUCACACCUGAUAGAGCUGAAUCUGAGUGGGAAUAAACUAGAAGACUUAGGAGUGAAGCACAUCCCUGCUUUACUACAGAAUCCACACUCUAAACUACAGAGACUGCUGCUAAAUAAGAGCAGUAUAACCGCAGAAGGCUGUGAUGCUCUGACUUCAGCUCUCAGAUCAAACCCCUCACACCUGAUAGAGCUGAAUCUGAGUGGGAAUAAAUUAAGAGACUCAGGAGUGAAGCACAUCUCUGUUCUACUGGAGAAUCCACACUGUAAACUGGAGAAACUGCUACUUUCUGACUGUGGUAUAACAGGAGAGGGAUAUGCAACUCUGACUUCAGCUCUCAAAUCAAACCCCUCACACCUGAUAGAGCUGGACCUGAGAGGGAAUAACCCUGGAGACUCAGGAGUGAAGCUCCUCACUGAUUUACAUAAUUUACUUAAUGUUAAAAAACUUCAGACCCUGAGGUUGUUGAACAGUGAUGCUGCAGAGGAAGCCUGUGAUUAUCUGACUUCAGUUCUGGGUACAAACCCCUUACUCCUGACAGAGCUGGAUCUGAGUGGAAAGAAACCAGGAGACUCAGGAGUGAAGCAGUUCUGUGCUCUACUGAAGGACUCUCACUGCAAACUGACGACACUUAAGCUUAAUAACAGCAGUAUAACAGCAGGAGGCUGUGCUGCUCUGACUUCAGCUCUCAGCUCAAACCCCUCACACCUGAUAGAACUGGAUUUGAGUGGGAAUAAACCAGGAGACUCAGGAGUGGAUUAUAUAUCUGCUUUACUACAGGAUCCAAACUGUAAACUACAGAGACUACUGCUUAAUGACAGCAGUAUAACAGAAAGAGGCUGUGCUACUCUGACUUCAGCUCUGACAUCAAACCCCUCACACCUGACAGAGCUGCAUCUGAAAGGGAAUCAACUAGGAGACUCAGUGAAGCUGCUGUCUGCUCUUUUGGUGGAUCCAAACUAUAAACUUGAGAAACUGGAAUUGGACCAUGGUUUAUUGAAAACACUUACCAGUGGUGCAGUGAAUGUCAUGACCAAUUUGCCCGGUGCCGGUGCUGUCUCGAGUUUCGUGACCAGUUUGUGGUCAGGAAAGCAAGAACAGGAGCCUGACUCCUCAGCUCAGAGAGUGCAAGAGAGUGACAUUACCAGUGACGUGUCUACAUCAGGGGCAGAUGGUGGCAGUGCACUUGACCAGGAAGAGCAAGAGAGUGACACUACCAGUGGCGUCUCUACAUCAGGGGCAGAUGGGGCCAACGCAGGCCAUUGACCAUUUACCAGAAGACAACGGUACCGGUGUCUGAUACAUCUUUCUGAACAGAUAAAGGUUUAUAAUAUUAUAACAGCACUUACUGCAAAUGUGUGGAUUGUAAAUAUUGCUGACUCUGCCUCUGAAAUAUGAUUAAACUGUUAUUGUUUGUGAUCCUGUAAUCUGUUACUGAUGUUUAAAGAGCCCAGACAUAGCUGACCCAAACCUCAGUCCUCAGUGGGAGAGCUAUAGCUGUGAUAGUCAUAACCCUGAGAAACAUGCCUUCACAAUAUUCAGAAGAUAUUGUAGAUGUCUGCACUGAAAUAAGUCAAAUAAUUUGUAUAUGUACACAUAUUGGAACCCCUUGUGGGACAAUUUGAGAUAGAUACAGCAUAAGGGCAGUAGUCCUCAGGUGGAGAUAGCAGCCUUCAACCUACAGUGGCAUUCUCUGAGAUGGGCUUGGGCUCCCAUCACUAACUGUAAUGACGUAAUGAGUGACUUCAAGACUGGUACCAUAUCUCUGAGAGAUCCGUCGCUACCAGAAGUCCGCCGAGCUGCUGAUCCACGAGCUUUCUCUCCAGUGUCUGGUCAGAGAUCGCUCAGGACUUCAAGACUGAUCUGUACUUCAGAGCUCUGCUGUCAUGGCUGCUCAGGAGCCCAGCGAGGCUUAGCUGGUUGGUCUGUUUGAGGACACCAAUCUGUGCUCCAACCAUGCCUGGAGAGUCACCAUCAUGCCGAAGGACAUCCAGCUGGCUCGUCACAUCCAUGGGGGUGUGUGCUUAAAUCCUCAAGAUAUCCCUUAACCCACCAAAUCACUUCCCCUCACAUGGGCUAUGCGCACUGGACUCCAUCUCACGAUUCAAAACUGCUAAUAAAACCCAUCUGUUUUUAAACAAG